CAAACACUCCCUUCGGUUUGGUGGAAGAGUAAAGAUGGCGCCCACCCACGUAUUGAGAUGCUGUCAACGGGGCUUAGCUUGGAUACCUGUGAUUUUUAUCGCCCUAGUCGUAUGUUGGUCUUACUAUGCGUACGUCGUAGAACUCUGCAUUUUCACCAUCCCCAGCAUAGCAGAAAAGAUCAUCUACAUGGUGUUCUUCCAUCUGUCCUUCGUCAUGUUUGUGUGGUCCUACUGGAAGACCAUCUUCACCAGACCAGCCAACCCCUCCAAAGAGUUCUGCCUGCCUAAGGCAGAGAAGGAGCAGUAUGUGAAGGAGGAGAGACCAGAGUCGCAGCAGGAGAUCCUGUGGAGGGCUGCCGCUAACCUGCCCCUCUACACACGCACCGGGGCUGGAGCGAUCCGCUACUGUGACCGGUGUCAGGUGAUUAAACCAGACCGCUGCCACCACUGUUCUGCCUGCGACAUGUGUGUGCUGAAGAUGGACCAUCACUGCCCCUGGGUGAACAACUGUGUGGGAUUCUCCAACUACAAAUUCUUUAUUCUGUUCCUGUGCUACUCUCUGGUGUACUGUUUGUUCAUUGCAGCCACCGUACUGCAGUAUUUCAUCAAGUUCUGGACACUUUGCCGGAGGAAAUCGGCAGAGAACUGCCCCAAGAAUGAGCUGCCAGACACUCACGCCAAAUUCCAUGUCUUGUUUCUCUUUUUUGUGGCGGCCAUGUUCUGCAUCAGCAUUCUCUCCCUCUUCAGCUACCACCUGUGGCUCGUAGGGAAGAACCGGUCCACCAUAGAGGCAUUCAGGGCUCCAGUGUUCAGAACAGGUUCUGAUAAGAACGGUUUCUCUCUGGGCUUUGGGAAGAACAUCGCCCAGGUGUUUGGAGACAAGAGGAAGUUCUGGCUGCUACCCAUCUUCACCAGUCAGGGUGAUGGACUGACGUUCCCAUCACGGCUUGUCAACAUUGACCCAGAACAGCCCACAGUCAGCUUGCAACCAGAGGCCAAUAAAAGUAUUGAAGACGUCCCGGCCAGUCCUCUCAGCGAGUCUCAGAACCAUCUCCUUGGCAACGAGCAGCAUGCCAACAACGUCACAGAACACCUGGAGAAUGACAGUAGGUAUCUGCUCACAAUUGAUCGCUGGGAGUGAGACCAUCACAAUCAUCAUGGAGAGGGAGUCAUAACAAGGAGAAGAAACCAGCCAUCUAAUAUGAUGCCUUAAGUAUACCACCAUUUUUUCUUUUUUUUGGCACCAUGGAAACAGUCUCCCAACGCGUCCCUGUAGUUCCGAAAAUGUCACACUCAGCAUAACCAUGGAAACGGACUCCUUUCACGCAUCACCAUAGAUGUAGCCUUGUCUUUUAAUCAUCAGAAAGUUACACACACAACUAUUUAUGCAGUUGCACAGAAGAACCACGCACAGCCUACUGUAAGCAUAUUUUUAUUUUAGUUGACUGUGGCCCGAUUGUCCACCCAGGACUGUUAAUGGAUCUCAGCAUCAUUUGAUGAUGGCAGGAAUAGUAAUCAGUCUUCACACUUCAGAGUGGAGGAGAAUGCCUGUGCCAAAAGCUGACAGACUGGGUGUUAAAUGGACCAGGGCUGAGGAAGGACCUGGACUGGGAGAAGACGAAAUCUGAGCUGGGAGGUACUGGGACAUAAUAAUUUUGUACAGAUUUUUCACCCAACGUUUAUAAAAUGGAUGUUAUGAAGCUGGAAGAUAUCACCAAGAAACCUAAUUUUGUUUACAAAUAAUUUAGGGGUGUUUGUUUGUACUAUCGAUAGACGUUACAAAGGGUGCCUAAAAGACAACCUGGACUAUACAAAGAAGACCCAUUGGAGGGGAUGCUGGACUGAACCAAUUUUAAAGUGAAAUGGGGGGUCUCCAACCGGGUUUUGAUCAUGUCAUCACACAACAUGGCGCAUUUGCACUCUCAAGAUUACAUUUUAUUAUCCAUCAUGUUCUGCAUUCUUCAUGUCCAAAAACAGAUUAAGAAAGGUGUGUCCUUGAGUGGGUGUGUGUGUAGUCAGAUUUGUGAAGAGAGGGAAAGAGGGAGUGUCUGCAUGAGUGUGUAUGUAGGCAGAUUUGUUAGGACAGAGAGAGAGAGUGUGUGUGUGUGCGUGCAUGCAGGUGCUUGCUGUAGCUAACAACCUAGAAGGAUCAGCUUCAGAUGUUAGUUGAUGGAUGGAUUGAUAGUUUGGUUUACAUUCAUUCCCAAGCUGCUGAAGGGUGUCUUAUGUGAGAGUAUACAGUAUAGCCUCAAGCUCCUCAACCAGUUCUAGCUCAUGGUCAAGUUAUUACACGUUGAUCAAUGAUUAUUUUUAACGCAUCAGAGACUACAACCUUGAACAUCACUUUUUACGAAGGCUGUGUCUGAAAUUACACCCUAUUUCUCCAUAUAGUGUACUUUUGACCAGAGCUGUGUAGGGUUUGUGGUUAAACUUGUUUGUUAAAUGGGGAAUAGGCUGUGAUUUGAGAUCAGCCCGAGGUCACCAUUCAUUGCCAAAUAAAGGGCUGACCAAUCAGCUGCUCUGACCUCUGAACUGGGAGUGUUUACAACACCAGAUGCCAUAGAAUUAGAAUCAUAGACCAUUGAAUGGGAAUGUCCAUUUUAGUAUUCUAGUCAUUCUAGUUCUAUGCUUGAUACAUCUCUGCUCUCACGUCAUUGGCCUGUGUCAUGGAAACCAAAUUUAACUGCUUAUCGUUGUGACUUGAUGUUUUUAAGGUUUACCCAUAUGUGCCCAGUGCCUAACUGUUGAGGCUUGGCCACCCUGCGGUACUGAUGCUGGCCAGCAGGUGGUGACACCUCUCAGCUGUCUAGCGACCUUCUGUUGUACAGUACUUGUUGUUCCUCCAAAACGAGGUGCCUCACAGUUUAGGUCUAAAGUGGACCAGUAUGUAUUAUAUGCAGUAAGAUUCCCUGUGAUGUGAAAGUGUUCGGGGCUCAGUUUGCGUGAACUGUGAGGUGGUGGUGUAGUGUGUCCAUGUGUCAAAACAGCUGUGAUUGGAAGGUGUCAGUGACGGGGGUGGACAGAAUCUGUCAGUGACGGGGGUGGACAGAAUCUGUCAGUGACGGGGGUGGACAGAAUCUGUCAGUGACGGGGGUGGACAGAAUCUGUCAGUGACGGGGGUGGACAGAAUCUGUCAGUGACGGGGGUGGACAGAAUCUGUCAGUGACGGGGGUGGACAGAAUCUGUCAGUGACGGGGGUGGACAGAAUCUGUCAGUGACGGGGGUGGACAGAAUCUGUCAGUGACGGGGGUGGACAGAAUCUGUCAGUGACGGGGGUGGACAGAAUCUGUCAGUGACGGGGGUGGACAGAAUCUGUCAGUGACGGGGGUGGACAGAAUCUGUGGGGGGGGGGGCAUAUUUUCCUCAACUGGUUUUAGAUAAAUGGAAAAGCGUUUCAAAACUUUACAGUUUUAUCCUCAGUUGAAGUCAAAAGUGAAGACAACCGUUAUAAAGGUAGUGAUAUAGGACAUUUCCCGUAGAUUACUCCUGGCCAUAGCAAUGUACAAGUUUACAGACCAGAGGUGUGGGUUAAGAUAGUUGUAGGCAUAGGGGUGUGUGUCAUUGCAUAUUGUGGUUUAAGUUCUGAAUGUAAUAAGGAGGGAUAAUGAUGAUAUUUUCUACAGUUAUGGAACCCCUACCUCUAGGUUCUUGUGUAAUUCUGGAACGAUUGGAUAGGUAUAAGCAAUAUGGUGAAAAGCUACCACCAUAUUGCUUAUACCUAUCCAGUCCUUUGCAUCUCGACAAGUGCUCUUGGUUGAGUGGCAAGGGAUCCAAUUUGGAAUGAGGCCUUUUGAACCUCCUCUAGUUGUUCUUUCAUUCUAGUUUGAACUCCUGACCCCGGCGAUGGUCAUUGUUUGUUUAGCUCCUCCCUCAUAAACCAAUGAACCCGAGACAGGAUUAUUUCACUCAGAAUGGUGACCUUGGUUAUACUGAGGUAAAGUUGCUACCGGACAAGGUUUAUAAAUUCACUCUGCUGGAACUCUGAAUAGUUAUCCCUGUGUUCUACACUUUGUGUUCUAGAACCCAUAAUUAAAAUGCUGUUUCUUUUCAUAUGGUCACUAUUUUUUCUACCUAAUAGAUUUACUUACAGCUACACUCUGAACUACUUGACCCAGAGACUAAGAACUCGUUGUUUGACAUUAAUUGGAGUGCUCUGUUUUAAUUCUGGGAGAAUACACUUCAUUAAACAUACGUGGCCUUUACAUUAGAUUUUGAUCAAAGUCUGUGUAAAUAACAUGCGGCUCAUCAGCAUGGAGCUCAGCUGGAAAUGUGUUUAUGGGGAUAGAUGGGAGGUUGUGGUGUUAAAACAGCCAUAUUAUUUAUACAACUAGAUCCAUUUAGUUUGACCCUACAAGACUCCAUCAACUGUUCCCACCAUUAUACCUGAAUCCACAAUAAUGACUCCUGUCAAAACGGAAGAAGAUUCGGAUCAUUCUUGUCAUAUUUUAGGGGGGUUGAUUUGACUAACCCACACCCAUGUGUCUUCUGCAUGUACAGUGCAGAUGUAUUUGUACUCUGCUUAUUGCAAGCUUUGACCUAUCAUUUUUUUCAAUGUCAUGUUUUACAAAGUGUACUGUGUGUAAUAUAUAUAUAUAUAUAUUGAUAAUGUAAAAAAAAAAAAAAAAAAAGGUGUCAGCCUAUCUAUUUUUCUUGUCUGAUUUUAAUUUUUCCUGUUCCUAUUUUGUGAAUGAAGUACAUGCCUCUAUAAACUAUUAACGUGAAAAAAAUAACAAUAAAUGUUUUUUAAAACCUG